AAGGCGCGGGCGGGAAGACACGCGUGUUAGAAAAGGGAGCCUUUGCUAAAUAAGGGCCCUGAAUCUUAUUGGGAGUCACUGCAGGCUGUAAGGGGUUCCCGAUGCAGCGGACAGUAGCCGUCCUCGGUGGUGGGGUGAGCGGCCUGGCGGCGGCCUUUUACCUCACCCGAAGCCCGCAAGCGCCCAAGGUCAUCCUUGUGGAAAGCAGCAGCCGGUUGGGAGGCUGGAUCAAUUCCACCCGGAAAGAGGACGGGGCCGUGUUCGAACAUGGACCCAGAGGGAUCCGUCCUGCCGGGGCCGUGGGGAAAAAUACUCUUCUUCUGGUUUCAGAUCUUGGACUUGAACGAGAUAUUCUUCCCAUCCCCGGUGAUCACCCAGCUUCCAAGAAUCGCUACCUCUAUCUUCACGGAGCCCUACAUAAGCUGCCUUCAAGCAUCGGCGGCCUCGUUCGGACUGUGCCGCCCUUCUCCCGCCCUCUGAUCUGGUGCGGCCUGAAAGAGCUAAUAACUUCUCGUGGCUCCGAAGAGGACGAGAACAUCCAUGCGUUCGUGCAGCGCCGUUUUGGACAGGAGUUGGCCGACAUUGUGAUCGACAGCCUGUGCCGAGGGGUGUUUGCAGGAGACUGCCGGGCGCUGAGCGUGCGGUCCUGCUUUCCGGCGCUGUUCCAGGCCGAGCAGAAGCAUCGCUCGGUCCUCGUGGGCAUGGCGUUCGGCGGAGAGAAAACCGCGCCGGUGGAUUCGCCGCUCAUCCGUCGGGCCCAGGCGGAGCGCUGGAGCCAGUGGUCUCUGCGGGAGGGCAUGGAGUCGCUUCCCGAAGCUUUGGCGGACGUCUUGAAGCGGCGGGGGGUGGAGAUCCAUUGCGGAGCCCCCGUACGGCGACUGGAGAGGACGGCGUCCGGUUCCUGGCGGAUCACCCUGGAUGAUGGCGGUGUGGAGGCCGAUCACGUCAUUAGCGCUUUGCCAGCCAGAGCGCUGGCCGAGUCGCUCCCCGCCUGGGCCGAGCCGCUAGCCCGGGAGCUGUUAGCCAUCCAAGCCGUUUCGGUGGCGGUGGUGAAUUUACAGUACGAAAACGUGGUGCUCCCUGUUACGGGUUUUGGGCACCUUGUUCCUUCCUUCCAGGACAGCUCCUUGCUGGGCAUUGUUUACGACUCCGUCGCUUUUCCCGAACAGGACGGAUCCGGAAGGGGUGGCGUGCGCCUGACGGUGAUGCUGGGCGGUGCGUGGUUCACACCGGGUCUCGGGGACCCCGACAAAAUCUCCCAUGCGGCUUUGUUGCAGCGCGCCCAGGCUGCCGUCAAGGAACACCUCGGGAUAUUGGCCGAGCCCUUCCGCACUAUUGUCAAGGUUCAAAAAGCCUGCAUCCCGCAAUACACGCUCGGCCACUGGAAACACAUAGAGAAUGCCAAGGCUUUCCUGGAACAGAGAGAGCUGCCUCUGAGCCUAGUAGGGGCUUCCUACGAGGGUGUAUCCGUCAACGAUUGCAUCGCCAAUGCCCGGACGGCGGUGACCAAGCUUCUCGGCCAAGUCUGAGCCUCAGAUUCCCAGACUGGAAAAAAAUAUAUAUAUGGUUCCCUCGGCCGACGAUGGCUCGCUUCCCAUCCGGCUUUCCUUCCAGGACCCUGGGCCAGAAGGGUAUGGCGUCGGGUUUUUCCAGCGAGGAAUCCCCCAACCUCCUGUGGUUUUUAAAAGGUGAAGAGGUGGUUGUAGAAUGGAAAAAAUAUCCUUAAUUUUCCUCCUUUUUCUUGCUUAGAAUGGACGUUUUAAGGGCUGUGAAG